AUGCCUAUCUUCCAGGACCCGGAUCGCCAACGGCUCCAUGACUUGUGGUCGGAUGAUCACCAGCCAAGGCAUUAUGGACAACGUCAGACCAUUACCCCCUGGAAACAUACCCCUCCGGAGCCCCUGGUGGGCUACCCCCUCGACAAAGGCGAAGGCGUCUCAUACGAGAGUCCCUCGUCGGAUUCAAGCCGGGCGCAUACGAGCCAUCGGGAGGAACUGAUCCAGUAUAUCAAAAGCGCCGAUGCGCUAAGAUGGGCACCACCACGUUGUUCCUUGGGACACAAUCAGGACCAUGUCCCGCAGGCAUCCGAGAAACCCAUCAACAAUAUGAAGAAGAACUUACCCGAAAACUCUGGUCUGAGCGACCAGUCUCACUCAAGUGACCAGCAUUUAGCAUCGCCGGCCGAUAUAGAACGCCCUCGCUCAGCAUUGCAUUCGGGGGAUUUCAGGGAAGGAUCCAGUCAGGGCCAGACUCAACAGCAGUCACCACCGUCCCCAUUCCCGGGUCGCACCGUCAACGCACACUAUCCUCUGCUGGGCUCCUCCCCAACAACUCCCUGGUUUAGCACCCCCGUUUUUUCUUCCUCUUUGCGCGGCCAAACCUCAUCACCCCAGAAUGCGACUCCUAUAGCCCGCGCCCGGGCGCCCUCUUUUGGCUCGUUCUCGUCGAGCUACAUUCUGAAAGCCCCUACGAGCCCGCUUGUUCACCAAGCGAAUAACACAGACUUGGACUUUUCUCCCCGACCGGAGUUCGUCGGUCAUUCCGACCCCAUCGAGAAAGUCAUUCGUCGCCGAACCCUCCCCCCGGAAACAUUCCAGAACUUGCAGGCGUCCCCUAUAGGUAAUGCCGAAGGGAUAUAUUACCAGUCUGAUGCUUCACCGACAAAGUGGGAUAAGACAACAUCUUAUCAGUUUCGCCCUCGACGGUCUUUGACCUCAGCAUACAGCCUCCAACUUGCAUCUACGGCCCAAACACCGGUCGCCAGGGUCAGAAGACCCUCGAUUGGCUCCGAAAUCUCUUCAAAAGCACAUGCGCCAAUGGUUGGCUCAUACGAAGAGUCGAUUCUCCGCGGAAGAAUGUCAAUGAAUCCUUCUAAGCCGCUAGACUUUACUGCGCAAAUCGGCGUUCUAGGUAAAGGCAAUUGUAAAGCCAACCUCAAAUGUCCGCCGCAUGUCACGAUCCCAUUUCCCGCGGUUUUCUACAGUUACCCCACUUCAGGAAGUGGACGCUCAAUCUCGGAUGAUAGCCCCAGCCCUUAUGUCGGGCUGAUCGACCUGGAUAAUUAUCUUCCCAAGGACACGUCCAGCAGUAAUAGCCGACGUCGCAGGCGCCAUCAAAGCCCCGCGGCAAUGAACAAUGACUAUGUCAUGGGAAACACCUCGGACUCUAGGUCAAAUGACCAGGAAGCUUUGCGCAGGCGGGAGAAGAAGCAGCGGAGGGCAGAAUCGCCUAGAUGUCCACCAGGCGGCUGUUAUCGGAUACCUCAACAUGGCCAAUUACAGAUCAUGAUCAAGAAUCCCAACAAGACAGCCGUCAAGUUGUUCCUUGUGCCUUAUGACCUUACCGAUAUGGAACCCGGGACGAAGACGUUCAUUCGACAAAGAAGCUAUUCGGCUGGUCCAAUACUCGAUAUGCCUCUGAGCGCUCGAAACAAUUAUGGGACCGAUCGCCCCGAAGCAUCUUUGAACGCUUCCGAGGAUCCUAAAGACAAGCCUACCCUGCGGUAUUUGAUUCACUUAAACAUCUGCUGCCCUUCCCGAGGCCGAUUUUAUCUUCACUCUAGCAUCCGUGUUGUAUUUGCCAACCGAGUCCCCGACGGUAAGGAAAAGCUGCGCAAUGAAAUCCAAUACCCCGAUCCCCGCUACACGCCUUACAAGCCUUAUCGGGACUCCAGUCAUACACACUCUGCUGCAAGGUCCUCGACAGACAAGGCACCGCGCAAGGUGCCUGCGAGUCAAGAUCCGAUAUCCACAUUUCCCCCAUCAGAACCCAUGACCUCGGGGAAACCUCCCUACACUGGGAGUUCCUCCACGUACACUCAAAAGGGUUCGGAUUCAUGUCGCACAUUUGCGAAGCGGGAUGGUGCCCCUCUGGGCAACUUCAAUUGCCUUAGUUCUAUUGAACGUCCCUCGCAUCCUUUUCAGCCUAUCCCGUCGCUGAGUCCUAGUCCGAGACUGGACACGAAUUUCACUGAACAAUAUACCGCGGAGCGUGGGCUUUAUGGUAAACUCAAUAAGGGUGACACCGGCUAUGGUGGCUACUCGUUUGCCUUCGCCGGUAGCCCCGAAGCUGGGGACAGCCUCCUUGCCAAAAGGCUGAGGGGAUUGGAUGUGCAAAAGCAUGACUCUCCCGAUCUCAGUAAGCCAGGCGAACAAUAA